AUGUCGACAGAUACUGCUACCGCCACCGCUCCUCCUGAUCCUGCUCCUGCAUCUUCGCCACACUCGUCUGCUGGCUCGUCCUUGUCGUCACUAUCAUCUCCUCCAUCAGAUACGAAUACCUACCCCGCGUCUAUCUCUAUGUCUGGGUCACCGGCGAGGAAACGCUCGAUAGGGGAUGUCGAUGGGGAUACGGCUGCUGCGAACGGGGGGGAUGAUACGAAUGCGAACACAACUACGGAUGUGGAGAUGAAGGUUGAUGGGGAUGCUCGUGUCGAUACAGAUGAUAACAAGGAGAAUCGGGAUACACAAGCGAAAUCAUGUGCUCCUGGGGACGAGAAGAAGACUACGGCUGUUGGAGAUUCGACUGCCACUACGACCACAGCCCCGGCUGCGAAGAAGAGGAAGUUGUCGCCUGCCAGUAAGGAGGCAAAGCAACAGGAAAAGGAGGCUAAGGAGCGGCAGAAACUAGAGGAGAAAGCUAAGAAGGAGGAAGAGAAGGCCAGGAAGGAGGAAGAGAAGGCCAAGAAAGAGGAGGAAAAGAGGAAACGGGAGGCUGAGAAGGAAGAGGAGAAGCGGGUAAAAGAAGAAGAGAAGCGAGCUAAGGAAGAGGAGAAGAAGAAGCGCGAAGCGGAAAAGGAAGAGGAGCGCAAGAAGAAGGAAGAGAAACGGAAGGCGAAGGAGGAGGAAAAGGCUGCCAAAGAGGAAGAGAAGCGAAAGAAGGAGGAAGAGAAGUUGAAGAAAGAGGAAGAGAAGCUGAAGAAAGAAAGAGCGCAAAUGAAGCUGAACUCCUUUUUCGCGAAACCGAAAACCCCGGCGCAACCAUCCUCAUCGAACACGACCCUCUCUCCUAGCAAAACUACUGGCGCUGGCGCUUCGAAUGACCCCUCUCCUGACUCUGAAUCUACUGUAUCUGACUACCAGCGCGAGUUUCCGGAGUUCUUCCUCCAGUCACAUACCACAUUUGCGCCACCGCACAGGUUCCAGCGCGACAACGAAGCUCUGCAGCAUACGCGGGAGAAAGUUGAUGCCUACUUGAAAGAUGCCAAGGAUGGCAAGCAUGAGCCUGUAACCUUUCGUCCUUCCGAGCUCUUUCAGCUCAUGCCAUACCAGCGGCGGCGUGGAAGAUUGCCUGCUUCAGUCAAACAGAUCCUCUUACAGAUGCAGAACCUUGCUGAUCAGUCGGAGACCUCCGAAGCUGCCCAGAGAGCUCGCGAUCUUCUGAGGCAAGUGAGAAUGAAAUCACUGAAAUUCAACGAGGAUGUCCGGCCUCCAUACCAGGGCACCUAUAGCAAGAACCUGCCGGAGUCAUCCGUCCGCCGGUUGAUGCGCAAUCCCUUUUGCCGCGGGCUGCCGGAGACGAACUAUGACUACGACUCGGAAGCUGAGUGGGAAGAGCCUGAGGAAGGCGAGGAUCUAGAUUCAGAGGAAGAAGAGGAAGGGAGUGAAGACGGAGAGGAUGACAUGGAUGGAUUCCUGGACGACGAGGAUGACCACCCGAUUGAUGGCAAGAGGCGUCACAUUGUCGGGGACCUAGAACCCGUCAGCACUGGUAUACGAUGGCAGGAACAUGGCGUGGACCCGGAGCUGCAGACGUACAAGAUGGAGACCAUUUCCGACUCGGUGACCUUCCCUAUUGACCCGUUCUCCACAGCCUACUGGCAGAAACCGAAGGCCGCCGCGGAGCCAGCGCAGGCGGCUGGUCUGGGGCGCUCGACGCUCCAUGCCUUCAUGGGGCACCCAUCCUCGUCAUCCUCACACAAACAGACCGGGAGUGGGCCGGGAGCGGACGGGGGCACCCUGGCCGUUCUGACAGCUGGGAGGACAAAGCGAACGUUGCCGCCGGAGCAGCUGGAAGAGUUCAAGCAGGUGGUGAAUGGCAGUGAUCUGACCAAGAUGGGGUUAAUUGAAAUCUUGAAGAAACGGUUCCCCAAGGUCUCGAAAGACAGUCUGAAAGACACGCUGAACAGCGUGGCCACGCGGGUGGGACAGAAAGAGGCUGACAAAAAAUGGGUCUGCAACUAG